AUGAGCGGCGAGCCCGCGUGGAAGGACAGCGAGGUCAGAAGCUCCAGCUCCAGCAUGGGCUGUGGACACAAGGGUGACAAAGCCAGCCGUGCUUCCAGCCAGAUAGCCUCUUUUGGCCACCAGCCUCACCAGCCCCGCUCCACCCCUGCCUCCAAGGAAGUGUGGAAGAAGGGUGGCCGCAUGUUCUCCAUCCUGCUGGCCGUGCACUUGGCCCUGCUGGCCUGCACGCUGGUGAGCAGCGGAGCCUUCGAGAAGAUCGCCGUGCACGAUUACGAUGUCUUCUUCCUGCUGACUGUCAUGAUGCUGGUGGUCAUCAUAUGGAUCAUCUUCUACCUGGUCAGCACCUCCCGGUGCCCAGACGCCAUCCCCUGCAGAGAUUCCCACGCUGGCCCCAUCUGGCUGCGAGGAGGCCUGAUCCUAUUUGCCAUUUUCAGCCUUGUCAUGGAUGUGUUCAAAAUAGGCUACUACUCGAGCUUCUACAGCUGCCUGUCUGCAAUCAAAAUCAUCUACCCCAUUGUGCAAGCAAUAUUCGUGGUGGUCCAGACAUAUUUCCUGUGGAUCUCUGCCAAAGACUGUGUCCACGUACACCUGAACGUUACCAGGUGUGGCUUGAUGCUCACACUGACUACCAACUUAGCAGUGUGGAUGUCAGCAGUGACAGAUGAGUCUGUUCACAAAGCACAUUCCAAGCUGAAGAAAAACGUGACAGAAGAACUCUUCAGAUGGCUCCUGAGAGCGGGAAUAAGGAGCAGCUCAGCUGAAGAAUGCAACUGCAACAGCCAAAUCUGCCAGAUCUUCAAGAAUGGCUACUUCUGGCUGUACCCCUUCAACAUUGAGUACAGUCUCUUCGCCUCUGCCAUGGUCUAUGUCAUGUGGAAGAACGUUGGGCGCUUCAUAGAGCACCACUCCCACCACAUCCAACGCCUGAAGUUCAGGCUUUUCCGAAGGACCUUCUUUGUAGGCAUCAUGUUGGGCCUCAUCACUCUGGUGAGUGGGUUGGGAGUCCUUAUCCUUUACGAGGUGCAGGUAAAUUCCAGCACUGAGGCCAGCAAGAAGAGCCAAGCGCUCACCAUGUACUACAUCUUCAACAUCGUUUGCCUGGGCCUGAUGUCUCUGGUCUGCAUCGGCGGCUCUGUCAUCUACCGCUUUGACAAGAGGGACAUGGACCGGCACAAGAACCCAACCAGGACCCUGGAUGUGGCCCUGCUGAUGGGUGCAGCCUUGGGCCAAUAUGCCAUUUCCUACUACUCCAUCGUGGCCAUCGUAGCCAGCACACCGAGGGACGCCAUCAGCGCGCUCAACCUCACCUAUGCCCUCCUGAUGAUCGCCCAGCACACCUUCCAGAACAUCUUCAUCAUCGAGGGCCUCCAUCGGCAACCCCCCAAGGAAGACCACAAGCAGGAUGCUCACCAGAAGGAUCUCUAUGGCCUCACCUUUGUCAACAUCAAUGCAGUGUCCCUCCGUGUGCCCGACGGCAGCAGCGCCUUGGCCCCCGGCGCUGCGUCUGGCCCCGACGCCGUCCACCCUUCCGACCUGGGGCGGUCCCUCCCCGUCCCCAAGAAGAUGAACUGGAGGAGGAAGUUCUUAAAGGAGAUCUCCAUGUUCCUCCUGCUGAGCAAUAUCAUACUCUGGAUCAUGCCAGCCUUUGGUGCCCGGCCCCAGUUUGACAAUGACACAGAGCUGAACUUCUAUGGUGACUCCAUGUGGCCAGCCAUCGUGGACAUCUGCCUGCCCUUUGGCAUCUUCUACCGAAUGCAUGCAGUGGCCAGCUUGUUGGAGGUCUACAUCAUGUCCUAA